AUGGAGACCGUCGACACCAGCUACCAGCUCUCCGAGCUGCGCAGGCUAAUGAGGGAGCGCAAGCUGGAUAUAUACAUUGUUCCGUCCGAAGACAGCCACUCAUCCGAGUAUAUCGCACCCUGCGAUGAGAGGAGGAAGUUCAUUUGUGGCUUCAGCGGCUCCGCGGGAUGCGCCGUCAUCACACACGACAAGGCUGCCCUGGCAACCGACGGCCGAUACUUCAACCAGGCAACGAAACAGUUGGACAACAACUGGACCCUCCUCAAGCAGGGCUUACAGGAUGUGCCCACUUGGCAAGAGUGGUCUGCAGACCAGUCCUCCGGUGGGAAGGUCGUUGGUGUAGACCCAACCUUGCUCACCAGCUCGACGGCUGAGAAGCUGGCCGAGAGUAUCAAGAGGAAAGGGGGCCUAGACCUUGCCGCCGUCACCGAAAACCUGGUCGACAUAGUCUGGGCUGGUGGCAAGCCCCCGCGCCCAAAUGAGCCUGUGAAGUUGCUGCAUCAGAAGUAUGCCGGCAAAGACACAAGGACGAAGCUCGAGGAGCUGCGCAAAGAGCUGAAGAAGAAGCAUCUGGACUGCUUCGUCGUGUCAAUGCUGGACGAGAUUGCUUGGCUGUUUAAUCUGCGAGGGAACGACAUUCCAUACAAUCCCGUCUUCUUUUCUUACGCCGUAAUUACGGCUGACGAAGCUACAUUAUACAUCGACUCGGCGAAGCUCGACGAAGAGGGCCACAGUUACCUGGCCGAGUCCGGCGUCACCGUCAAGCCCUAUGAUAGCCUCUUCGACGACGCAAGGGCGCUCAGCAAGACCGUUGAAGUAAACGGAAACGACACUGGCACCAGUGGCGACGAGACAGCAGCGAACAAUAAAUUUGCCAUCUCAACCAAAGGUUCAUGGGCAUUGAAGCUGGCAUUGGGAGGCGAUGAGGCUGUCGAAGAGAUCAGAAGUCCCGUCGGCGAUACCAAGGCCGUGAAGAAUGAGACGGAGCUGGAGGGCAUGCGGCAAUGCCAUAUCAGAGAUGGUGCGGCAUUGACGGCCUACUUUGCAUGGCUGGAGGAUCAGUUGGUCAACAAGAAAGCCACGCUGGACGAGGUGACGGCGGCUGACAAGCUGGAGGAGCUUCGGUCGAAGCAGAAGGAUUUUGUUGGGCUGUCAUUCCCUACGAUAUCCUCCACAGGCCCCAAUGCGGCGGUCAUACACUACCAACCAGAGAAGGGCAACUGCUCGAUUAUCGACCCGAACGCCGUAUAUCUGUGCGAUUCCGGAGCACAGUUCCUCGACGGCACAACGGAUACGACUCGAACACUGCAUUUCGGCACACCGACGGAGAAGGAGCGUCAAACUAACACCUUAGUCCUAAAGGGAAACAUCGCUCUCGACAGGGCCAUCUUUCCUAAAGGUGUGACUGGCUUUGCUCUUGAUAGCCUGGCGCGCCAAUUCCUCUGGAAAGAGGGUUUGGACUACCGUCAUGGCACCGGCCACGGUGUGGGCUCUUAUUUGAAUGUACACGAAGGGCCUAUAGGUAUAGGGACUAGGAAGCAAUAUUCUGAGGUCUACAUGGCCGCUGGGAACGUGACGUCGAUCGAACCGGGCUACUACGAAGACGGCAAGUUCGGGAUUCGCAUCGAGAACAUCGCCAUCGUAAAGGAAGUCAAGACGACAAACCAAUUCGGUGACAGGCCAUUUCUUGGUUUUGAGCACGUGACAAUGACACCCUACUGCCGGAACUUAAUCGACGUCAACCUCCUGUCAGCAGAAGAGAAGCAGUGGCUGAAUGACCACAACAAGGAGAUCUACGAGAAGACCAAGGACUUCUUCCAGGAUGACGAACUCACUUUAGCAUGGCUGAAGAGGGAAACAGCGCCUUUCUGA